CACACUGGAUAAGUUGCCUUCGGAAUAUGCAAAAGAGCACAUUCCCUUAACAAACCCAUCCAAUCGAUCUCCCCAUGGCGUCCUCCACCACCACCUUCAUCUCCUCUGCUUCCUUCUUCUGUCGAACAGCUCACCCAAAAUCCUCACUCGCAAACUUUAAGCGCAAGGACCAUGAACAUAUUCUGACAUCGUCUUUCUUGGACCCAACCGCAUUUACUCUUACGUUGUCAAGCUCAAUAACGACGCCAAUGGGAUUGAGACGUCUUCCUUGUCGUGUCAAUUGUGCAGCAGCAUCUCCAUCUUCUACCCUUCCCGCUGCUCUUCUUUUCGACUGUGAUGGAGUGCUCGUAGACACCGAGAAAGAUGGCCACAGGAUAUCCUUCAAUGAAACUUUCCAAGAGAGGGAACUAGGCGUUACCUGGGAUGUGGACUUGUAUGGGGAGCUGCUCAAAAUUGGAGGUGGAAAAGAAAGGAUGACAGCAUACUUUAACCAGACAGGUUGGCCAGCGAAAGCUCCAAGCAGCGAAGAAGAAAGAAAAUUUUUUAUAGCUUCUCUCCAUAAAAGGAAGACAGAACUGUUCAUGGCCCUUAUCGAGAAAAGAUUGCUGCCUCUGCGUCCGGGUGUUGCGAAGUUGAUUGAUCAGGCUUUAUCUCAAGGAGUCAAUGUAGCUGUUUGCAGCACUUCCAAUGAGAAGGCGGUCUCUGCAAUAGUAUCAAACUUGCUGGGUCCUGAAAGAGCAGAAAAAAUCAAGAUUUUUGCAGGAGAUGUGGUUCCUCGCAAAAAGCCUGAUCCUGCCAUCUAUCUAUUAGCAGCCAGCACUUUGGGUGUUGAAUCUUCGAGAUGUGUUGUGGUGGAGGACAGUGCCAUAGGCCUAGCAGCUGCCAAAGCAGCAGGGAUGAAGUGUAUAGUAACAAAAAGCGGCUACACGGCAGAUGAAGAUUUCUUAAACGCUGAUGCUGUCUUUGACUUCAUUGGGGACCCUCCUGAGGAGCGAUUUGACUUGGCAUUCUGCGGGAGUCUCCUUGAGAAGCAGUAUGUGAGCUAACAAAAUUGCCAAAGGACUAGUAUUUUGCAUCCUUCACUAUUAUUGCUAUUGUCAAUUCCAUUAUGCCUAUUCAUAUUACCUUUUCAUGUCAACACUUAAGUCAGAAAUGAUGAGCUCAUGAUGCACUGUAUAAAGAGGUUUCCAUGUUUCUUAAGAUCUUGCAUUUAAUCAUCGUACAA